AUGACACCUCUUCCCGGGAGCUGCUACUGCGGCGCCAUCCGCUACACCAUCACGCUCACAGACCCAGAGACCGAGGCGCGCACGAGCAUCUGCCACUGCGGCAACUGCAAGAAGUUCACGGGCGGCGAGCACGGCAUCACGACCAAGAUCCGGAGAUCCGCGUUCCGCAUCACGCGGGGCAGCGACCGCGUCAAGGUCCACGAGGCGGACAACGGCGCCGGCGUCGUGCUACACCGCGAGUUCUGCGAUACGUGCGGGGGGCCUUUGCUGGAGUAUGGCGCCAAUGCAGGUGAUUACAUAUACGUCUUCUACGGCACGAUGGAGGACCAUGCCCGCGGCCAGGUCGAGCCGAAAGGCGAGUUCUUCUGCCGGCUUCGGGAUCCGUGGAUGCCAGAGGUUGAAAGGGUAUUUCAGAAAGAGGAAAUUCAACAGUGA